UGGUGUUGAUUGUGAUUGGAAAGGAUAAUUUUGAAUUUUAAUAUGUUUAAGUGAUAGUGGUUUAUGUGAAACCUUUUAAAAAGCAUUUAUUAGUAAAAAUGGGCUUAAUGCUAAAAUAUGUGAUUGCCGGCUUGGCAAGAUACUGGCUUAUUCACAUGGAUUAUUGGCAGAUAAUAGCUAAUAGGGUUGAAAUUGCUACACCUUUAAACUCCUGGAAGAGGUUAAUUGAGGGUGUUUAUCUUUAUGAUAAUAAUAUAAAUCCAUAUGAAGGCGAUUCGUUCCACGAAUCUCCAUUGAUGCUGAUUUUCUUUCAUUUUUUCAUGAAGAAGUUUCCCUACAUUUUGCCUCUUCUGUUUACAAUUUUUGACUUGAUCACAGCUCACCUUUUAUACAAGACUUCAAAAUCAUUUGCAACAUUGUUCAAAAAUGCACAGGACAAAAUAAAAGAUGAAGUUAAUGAAGAUUCAAAAACAAUGCUUUUGAGUAAUUCACAUUUAGAUGAAGCUCCUGAUUAUGUUUUGUCAGUUUAUCUUUUUAACCCUUACUCUGUUCUAAACUGUGCUGGAAUGACGACAACGGUUAUUCAGAAUUUGUUAAUAGCGGCAUCACUAUGGGGUGCUACAAGUGGGCAUAGAAUCUUGGCUUGUGCUUUCAUAGCCCUUGCCACUCAUCAAGCAUUGUACCCCGUUCUGCUGAUAGUUCCUAUAGCCAUACUAUUAGCAGAUAUCAACAAAGGAUGUAAUAAAUGCUCAUACAUACGAACCUUAUUAGUCUUUGUACUAUGUUGGGGCUUUUUAAUCUACAUUUCUGCAUUCAUAAUGGAUGGAUCCUAUAAAUAUGUCUAUAAUACCUAUGGAUUCAUAUUGUCAGUGCCAGAUUUAAAGCCUAACAUUGGCUUGUUUUGGUAUUUCUUCACUGAGAUGUUUGAACACUUCAGACUCUUGUUUGUUUGUGCAUUCCAAAUAAAUGCACUGGCUCUGUACAUUGUACCACUAACUCUCAGGUUUAAGAGAGAACCGGUACUACUGGCAACUGUGUUGAUAGCAUUGUCUGCUAUAUUCAGGUCAUACCCUUGUGUAGGUGAUGUUGGAUUUUACUUGGCUUUGUUGCCAAUGUGGAAACAUCUGUUUACAUUUAUGCAACAGAAGUUUAUAGUCGCCUGUGCUUUCAUUAUAACGUCAGCGCUGGGACCCACCGUCUGGCAUCUGUGGAUUUACUCCGGUUCGGCAAAUGCAAACUUUUUCUUUGGAGUUACACUGUCAUUUGCAACUGCACAAAUUUUUCUUAUAACUGAUCUAUUAUUUGCUUAUAUUAAACGAGAAUUUACAUUAAAGAAUGGGACAUCUAGACAGAUUGAUGGGAAACCUGCAAAAUUAGUCCUACGAUAAAGAAUCGUUUAUUUUCAUUUAUUACAGAACAAAGAAGUUUUUAUUUUGAUAAUUAUUAACUAAAUAAAGCAUUUAUAUGGAUAUAAUAAUAUAGGACAAGUACCUAGAAAUGGGGUCAUUGUUAAGCCUGCUACUUACCUUAUGUUUUAACUGUAAUGUUUGACUGUGAGUAGGCAAAACUUUAAACUGUGUUUAGUUGGAAGUUUAACUGAAAGUUCAAAUUUUUCCCUCACAACUGAAGGUGUAGCGGGCUUUAUGUGAGUUAGAAUGUGCUCGGAUAAAUUCAUUGUGUUCUGUCAUAUUGUGUAUUUUUUCACUGUGUAUUUUAUUAAAAAUUAUAGAACUAAUAGCUUAGUGUGAAUA